AGAUUUACAAUGCGAAAUGUCACAAUCCUGUGUUUACUCUAUGGAACCUUGACACUUGGGAUCGUGUCAGUGCUGUUAUAUGUACGUUUUCACCGUGAUCAUGAGAGCAGCUGGCAGAAGAAACCCCAGGAGCCUGCAACAAUUUGGAAACUCGAUAAAAAAUUGCAACAGCAAGCUAUCCGCGGCUCAGGGCAAAUACCAAGAGCUGAAAGACCUAACAAAGAUGAAACUAAGGAACCGAAACCAUUUUUAGCAUUAGGUAAGAAUUUUAACUAUACGGACCCAGAAUUUCUUCAUGGCCUUUCAACAUAUGGACUUAAUACCAUUAUCAGUAAAAGCCUGGACAAUCAGAGAAAUGUGCCAGAUACCAGGGAUAAAAUGUGUCUUCAAAAACGUUACCCAACCAGGCUACCUACUGCCAGUGUUGUCAUUUGUUUCCACAAUGAAGAAUUUAAUACCUUGUUUCGGACAGUGUCCAGUGUCAUGAACCUCACUCCACACCAGAUCCUUGAAGAAAUUAUUUUGGUAGAUGACAUGAGCGAAUUUGAUGACUUAAAAGACAAACUAGACUACCACCUGGAAAUUUUUCGGGAGAAGAUUAAAGUAAUAAGAACCAAAAAGAGGGAGGGGCUGAUCCGUGCCAGGCUGAUCGGAGCAGUGCGCGCUUCAGGGGACGUGCUGGUGUUCCUGGACAGCCACUGCGAAGUGAACAGGGUCUGGCUGGAGCCCUUGCUGGCCGCCAUCGCCAAGGACCGCAAAAUGGUGGUGUGCCCCAUGCUGGAUUCCAUUGACCACAUGACCCUGGACUACUACCCGUCGCCGGUUGUAAGAGGAGCGUUCAACUGGCAUCUACAAUUCAAAUGGGACACUGUUUUCUCCUAUGAGAUGGAUGGGCCAGAAGGACCCACCACGCCCAUCCGGUCCCCUGCAAUGUCUGGAGGAAUUUUUGCUAUAAAUCGGCAUUAUUUUAACGAGAUCGGACAGUAUGACAAGGAAAUGAACCUUUGGGGAGCAGAAAAUUUGGAACUUUCACUAAGGAUCUGGAUGUGUGGAGGCCAGCUGUUUAUACUGCCCUGCUCUCGAGUGGGACAUGUUGACAGACAUAUCACCCAAAAUAUAACCCAAAUUAUCAAAGCCUUGAGAUACAACAACCUCAGACUGGUGCAUGUCUGGCUGGAUGAAUACAAGGUAAAGGGUGCAUCUCUGCUUUGA